AUGUUCACUUCAAGAUCGGUAGCAAGACUCGUCUUGCGACGAGCAUGCAAUCCCUCCCCUUUGCGCCAAUUCUCCACCUCCAGGCCCCUCGCCGUCGCCUACCAUUCCUACACUCUUCCAGCUCACACUUCUACACCCCCGAGAAACGACGACGUCCCCGAAACUUCAAUAACACAACCCGAUCCUCUACCUAAGGUCCACGAGACAAGGCCGCCGCCUCAACUGCCGAAGACACCACAGCCGCCGACGCAGCAGGAGGCUACGACAACACAGAAUGCUACUCCCUCGACGGUAUCCUCGGCACCAACUCCGAAGCUAAACGAGAAGGAGGCUCAGAAGCCAAAGGCCGCCCGACCACGAUCUAAGCUACGCGCUCGUAAGGCUGCUAUGAAGUUGACGCCUUCUGCGGUGGAACAAUUAAGAGAACUGCUUGACCAACCCGAGCCGAAGCUGAUCAAGGUCGGCGUACGGAACCGAGGAUGCAGCGGCUUGGCGUACCAUCUCGAAUAUGUUGAAAAGCCAGGCGCCUUUGACGAGACGGUUGAGCAGGAUGGUGUCAAGGUCCUGAUCGACAGCAAGGCGCUCUUUAGCAUCAUCGGAAGUGAGAUGGAUUAUGUCGAGGACAAGCUGAACCAGCGCUUUGUGUUCAAAAACCCAAACAUCAAGGAGGAAUGUGGCUGUGGAGAAUCCUUCAUGGUUUAA